UAUUCAAUCUAACUUUCCUCUUGAAUGAGGGCAUGGCGUAGAGUCACUCACAGACUAGGUGGCUAAGCCAUAUAUUGAAACUGAAACUUGAAUGAGGGAAUAAACAACUUGAAUGAGGCGAGCAACAUGUGUACGUUUUUGCAUAGUAUAUAGUUGAAUAGUUAAGAUCUCUUUGAAGUAUGAGUUCCCAACAAAUGGUUCAGCUGGUCCAUAAGCUUAGGACAGCUUCUAGGAUCUCUACAGAUACAUUUAGCAAAAUUAACAUUAAAAUCAAGAAUUAUGAAAUGCCUGAAAGGUUUAAAGGAACUUUUCUUGAACGUUGGGCAAAAUAUUGGCACAAUCUCUAUAUAGAUUAUAGAGAUGUUGCAAUUGAUGUAGCCAAAGAUUGCAAAAAGCAUCCUAUACGUGCCACAAUAUAUACUACACUUUUAGGAUGUAGCUUAUAUUCUAGUAUACACAAUCCAGGUGAAAUUUCGUUUAGAGAUAAUAUGAUAAAAUAUAAUUUGAAACUAAUGUUGCUGGGAGAACCUAUACGCAACCCUGUUGCUGUGAAGCAUAUAGAACAAUUGCAGCAAUAUUAUAAUGAAGGAAUCAUCAGAAGAAUAAAUUUAGGUAUUUCAUCCUUAAUGUGGGUAGAUAAUUAUGAUGAAAAAUGUUCUUUAUACAAAGCUGUGUGUCCAUAUCUCAAACCACGUUAUGUAACUUUUUAUAAUAGAAUCGUAGAUAUAGGUUUUUUAGACAAGUGGUGGGUGUUAGAAAACAAAAUGAAAGACUAUGAUGUAAAUGAAGCUGAAUUUAAUAAUUUUACAAAACAAUCUAUAGAUACAGCCUAAAUAGUGUUACAGAUUUCUAUUGUCAGUAUUAUAAAUGGAUAUAAUACACUUCAAUCAAGUCUUUAUCAUUUAUAUAAUCUCAUAAAAAGUAAAUGUAAGUUUCAUAAGAGGACUCCUGUAUAACAAAGCAUAUAUAUUUAUAAAUUAAUAACUUGAGUACAAAAAUA